CUCCCUACUAGUUUCACCCUAGUGGUCUAGUCUAGACACGUCCGGGUCACUAGAGGUCAUCAUGGCGGCCGUGUGGAGGUUUUACAGAAAUCACUGGAAGAAACUGACAUUUGGAGGAGUUGCCGUCGCGUUUUUAGGGAGAUAUCUGAACAACCAACAUCAAGAAAACCUUGUCAGAAGAGAAUUUUGUGACAUAGCACAGGAAUAUGGCAAACAACCUCUACACUGUAUGGGGCAGACAAGAAAAGUGGUCGUCUUCCUCAACCCAGCUGCUUGUAAAGGACAAGCACGUAAGAAGUUUGAGAAAAAUGCAGUCCCUCUGCUUCAUCUAGCUGGUCUGGGAGUCACCAUAAUAGAAGUCAGAAUUUCUCAUGAUAAUCAAAGGGAAUUUCAAAUUUAGAUCAUACUGUUC